AUGACGACAGAUGCUAAUAAUAACUUAGUGAAUUUAAAGGCUCAAAUUCAACAAUACCUUGUGGAAUCAGGAAAUUAUGAGAAAAUAUCAAACGACUUGAACAAGAGAUUGUUAGCAGAAGGAUGGAUGGAAUCUGUCAAAAAGCUAACUCUGGAUGAAAUAAAUGUAAAUGAUUCAACAAAAUUUCCACAAAUACUGAAAAACGUUGAACCGGAAGCGAUAAAUAUGGUUUCUGACACUACAAAGAAUGAGGUUAUAGAACAAAUCAAAUUCUUUUUAAAUGAAGUUUUUAACACUGAACAAUAA